UGAGCUUAGAAGACAGAAAGUCAAACCCUUUCUUCUGUAGCAAAGCUCCUUGGCAAGCUGUGCACUAUGCGAUACCUUCUACUUUGUUUUGCCGUAUUCCUACCUGGGAGUCUUGCUUUUCCAGCACGACUUAACGCAGGAUCACAGAACAACCCUGGCUUUGAGAUUGUAAAGGCAUAUCUUGAUAAAUUCUUUCCAAUUAAUCCAAAAUCACGAAGCCUAACCUUAGAAGAGAGGAUUAAAGAAAUGCAGAAGUUUUUCCACCUGACUAUAACUGGAAAACUAGAUGCAGAAACAGAAGAAACAAUUAAAAAGCCCAGAUGUGGAGUCCCUGAUGUAGCAGACUACCAAACAUUUCCCGGAAGUCCAAAAUGGAAAAAGACACAUUUGACUUACAGGAUUCUCAACUAUACACCUGAUCUACCCCAAAAUAAAGUAGAUGAUGCAAUUAGAAGGGCUUUUAUGGUAUGGAGCAAUGUGACUCCACUGCAGUUCCAAAGAAUAUACCAGCAAGAAGCAGACAUUGAGAUUGCUUUUGCACGUCGUGAGCAUGGUGAUGGAUAUCCUUUUGAUGGAAGAGGUAACACACUAGCCCAUGCGUUUCCACCUGGCAAUGGGAUUGGUGGAGAUACUCAUUUUGAUGAUGAUGAAAGGUGGUCAGAGUACAAUCGAGAAGUUAAUUUAUUCCUUGUUGCUGCUCAUGAAUUUGGCCAUUCUUUGGGACUUGCUCAUUCAAAUGUCCCUGAAGCUCUGAUGUACCCUGUGUAUAAAUAUGUGAACCCAGCAACUUUCAGACUUCCAGAUGAUGAUAAGAGAGGAAUACAGAAGUUAUAUGGGAAAAAGUCAUCAAACUCUUGAAGAAGUGCUUCAAAAAGACUAAAGAAUUCACACGCAGUUGGUUUGGUGCUCCAAAAACAAUUUUCAUCCUCUAGCUAAUUAAAGUGGUAAACUCCUGGACUGCACUUUCUCUCCCUGAUGUUUUACAUUGAUUGAUUUGCACUUCAUACAGUUACACGUAGCAAUUA